AAGCAAGCACACAAAGCUGUCAAGCGCGCUUCCGUGAGGACAAAAGGUCACGCGGUGCUUGCAUUAGCAUAAAGAUUUACAAAUUAGUAGCCAAACGUGACACGCAAGCCAACAGGGAGGGAAGGAAGAGUCUCGCCAAGUGCUCGCUUAAGCGUUAGUUAAUCAAACAGAUUAAAGCCGUCAGUACGCGCCUGGGCGUCAAGGAAAUCGAUUAAGUUGUUGUGGAAAAGAAGCGAGAUUAACGUGUUUUGCGUAGAGUGGGGAAUCAUUCAAACGCAGCCAGGUGACUCGGUGUUGAGCGGUGAUGGACUUUGUGGCUGGCUGCAUCGGCGGUGCUGCUGGAGUUUUAGUUGGUCACCCAUUUGACACAGUGAAGGUCAGAUUGCAGGUCCAGAAUGCUAGUAAGCCGCUGUACCGCGGCACCUUUCACUGCUUCCAAUCAAUCAUACGCCAGGAGUCGAUGUUUGGUUUGUACAAAGGCAUCGGCUCCCCCAUGAUGGGCCUGACCUUCAUCAACGCCAUCGUGUUCGGCGUGCAGGGCAACGCCAUGCGCAUGCUGGGCCGGGACACGCCCACCAACCAGUUCUUGGCCGGGGCGGCGGCGGGCGCCAUACAGUGCGUCAUCUGCUGCCCGAUGGAGCUGGCAAAGACGCGCAUGCAGAUGCAGGGCUCGGGUGAGAAAAAGUCCUCCCGGAAGAUGUACAAGAACUCUGCGGACUGCCUGUUGCGCAUCUAUCGCCGCGAGGGCGUGCGGGGCAUCAACAGGGGCAUGGUGACCACCUUUGUCCGCGAGACGCCGGGUUUCGGGAUCUACUUCCUGGCGUACGACGUGCUGACGAGGCGGCUGGGCUGCGAGCCCGACGCCCGCUACCUGAUCCCCAAGCUGCUGUUCGCCGGCGGUUUGGCGGGCAUGGCCUCGUGGCUCUCCACCUACCCGGUGGACGUGAUCAAGUCGCGGCUGCAGGCGGACGGCGUGGGCGGCGUCAACCGCUACGCCGGCAUCGCCGACUGCGUGCGGCAGAGCGUGCGCAAGGAGGGCUACUUGGUGUUCACGCGGGGGCUCACCUCCACGCUGCUCCGCGCUUUUCCCGUCAACGCCGCCACUUUCGCCACCGUCGCGCUGGUGCUCAUGUACGCGCGGGGGCCCGGGCAGGGCGCCGGCGACGGGGAGGCGGCGCUCCAGCACCCUCAAGGUCAGGCUCAAGCCCAGACUUCCGGCCUGUGAGUACGCUUCUCCGUUCCGUCUACUGAUGACACUUUACAGCCGAAGUCCCGAUCGCUUAAUCACGACGAUCGUCGGCUACUUUUUUAACUUCCUCGAGCCCAACCUUUAUUUGCUUCGCAGUUGUUCAAACUUGUCGAGCAGCAACCACUUGCACGUAUGAUGUUGCGAUAUGCACUUGUUGGUGUGUAUUUAUAUGAGGCAUGGAUGAAGGAAAAUAAAAUCGGGAGAAUAGUUAAAUAUCCUCCCCCAGAAAAUGUCAUUGAGAUGACAAGUCAUUUUCCUCCUCCAAAAUACUUUUUAAUUGUCAUCAUAUUGCACCUUAUUUUCUUGAUGCGACUGUAUUUUCAAUACUUUUUUUUUUUUUUGCUACCCAGAAUAUUACAUUUUAUCCUUGUAAAUGUAUUGAAAUUAUUCUGGCAUCAUCGAUUUUUUUUUUUUUUUUCCAAUAUUGAUUUGAUUGACACCCGGGACCAAAAGCGCUUUAGAAAUGCACAACAAAGAUAUGAGGUGGCGGAGUGUGGAGGGAACAUUAACCAAAAUACGGAGGGAAUAUUUAUAACUGGCGUGUUUAUAACAUUUUUUGAUGGGGAGGUUUGUGCGUACAAGGUUUUUACUUCUGAGGAAUGUAUUGUAUUUCCGAUCCAGAACUGCACGGUGCUGUACUAUAAUGACACCUAUUUAUGUUUUGGAAAGUGUGCAAAAUAAUAUUCUCUCCCGUGAUGCUUUUACAAUCCGGAAUGCUGGAUUUGUCGCUAGGAAGAAACAAAAUAAGUCAAGCUAUGCAAUCAGCUGGGCAUCAUUUUUUUAUUUUUAUUUUUUUUAUGGUGAACCCUCUCUGAAGCACAAAGAAUAACUUUUUUUUUUUUCUCUGAUACACUUGAAAAAAUACAAAGGAGUAUUCGGGCCAUGCAGAAAAGAGGUUGGAUAUGAUAAUUUAGGAGGGGGGGGGGGGGGAAAUACGUAUUUUCUGAGAUUCGUAGAUGCAUAUUGCAGGGAAAUGGUUCAUAUUUGGGGAUUUUAAAAAUUCAUUUCACAUUUUUAGUCUUUCAAGGAAAAACAAAAGAUGUUCAGAACGCUGUUGUGUAGUUUUAUUACAGAUUAAAAUGAAUGAAGACUUCAUUUUAAUGUGAACUCUUUGCCCCAAAAAAUGCAACAAAAUGCCUCAACAACUUUUUUUAAUCCUUUCAGUGUAGCUCUAUUACUCCUUGAUUUGCAAAGCUGUUGAAUAAGAACUUGAUCUCGUAGUAGCCACGCGACUGUUUUGGUAGCUUGAGAGUAUCUGCUUUAUUUUGCCUUACUUUUUACACAAACUGACAUCAUGUGACGGAAGAAUUGUUUUGGAGAUGGUUUCUAUUGUACAAAGAAUAUGUAUAUGCAACGUAUAGAGUUUUUUUUCUCCGUCUCGUGAACUUACAAGUCUGCAAUUUGAAUAUUUUAUUUGUCACGUGGUUGACUGUGACAGUUCAACGUGAAAGAUGUAGACAUGAUAAUGUAUGCAUUUUGUUGUGGCAAUAAUCAUCUGCAUAGUGAGGUCAAUAAAUUGUUAUUUUUAAUACA